AUGUCCACUCCAGACCGACAUAACGGACUACAGUAUCUGCCUGCGAUACCAUUCGAGACUGUCCUCACAUAUGUGGAUCUCGAGUCGAUCAAGGCACUGCGUCUAACAAACCGAACGCUCGCCGAGAAGUGCAUUGGACCCCGCUUUUUAAAGUCCAUCGAACAUCCUACUCUGGACUUCUCGCUGCAGAAAAUUCGUAACCUUCUUGUCUUAACUCGCGAUCAUGUCAUCAGCCAGAAGGUUCGUUCUCUGGCAUUCUUCGCUACAACCAUAGAUUCUUCAAGAUUGGAGAAGAGCAUAAUAUCUGGAAAAUACAUUGAGCGGGUAUCCUUCGGGUUCAGGCAAUCGUAUGAGAAGACUAAGGAGGUGUAUACCCCCGAGGGACUUUCAAACGCCAAAUCCGACCUGAUCUGGCUUAAAGAACAGGAAGAGGCUAGAGACAAGGAGUCAUCAAGCGAGACGAUCCAGCUCCUUCAGCUUGUGUUCAAGCGGUUUGAGAAUUUGCAGUCUAUCCAUUUAGACGGCGCGGUCAUCUACAGACGUACGGACAGAGGAUAUCCUUCUAACGGGAAGUGGUAUUCGUUUUGGUUACGAGCCUGGCAUGUUUUCACGAUGGUUAUGACGGCGAUGGUGCAAACAGGGGUCUCGAUGAAGAAACUCAAUUUCUAUCGCGGGACUCGUCGGUGCUGCAUUCCAGCUGGUAAAAUCACCGCCUACGCAUCAGGUCUGAGCCAAACAGAGCUAGAGGUGCUCUGCAAGGGCCUGCAAUCGCUCGAGCUCAGCAUUUCGGGGGAGAUAAGCGAUGCUUUUGGCCUCGCCAAAGCAGAUCCACCAUGGGAAUGGGACGAGGAGGAACCCCCGGUCAGACCAUCUGGCUCACCGAUGGAACAUUUAUUCUCAGGAGACGAUCCUCGGGCCGCGCUAGCAGAUGGGACACCAGGAAUUACAUCCCUUUUUCUCAAGAAUGCGUUUGAUCUCCGAGAGCUCAGCUUGACUUUCCGUCGUACCGUGCCACCAGGUUCGAGCUUAAUGAACAGCUACGACGGUAUUAUUCACAGUAUCGCCCAUGACACUCGGUUUCCGAUGCUGGAAUCAUGUUCCUUCGCUGGAUUUCCGGCCAAGAUGGAUUCGAUUCUGCUUUUCCUCAAAAACCAUUCCAAUCUUCGUUCGUUCACGCUGCAUGAGUGUUAUCUGACUACUGGGUCAUGGACACCGAUCUUUGCUCAUCUGGACCGAUCAAUGCCAAGGCUCGAGAAUCUCAGCUUCUCCAACUUAUUUGGUAAACACAUGCAGAAUCUGAGAUAUGCGCAACCACUGAGGAAUUUUGGGGAAUCGAGUGACAACGAGCAGGAGCAACAGAGCCACCCACUAAUUGGCGAGCGGGAGGGUGUUGGCAUGGUGGUUUUGCUGCCAAUUUGGGACACCGAUGAGCCGGAGCACCAGAAAGAGUUCCUAAGAAUGAACGGGAGAGCUGUGCACACCAGAACCUUCACCCGCGAUGAACUGAAGAAAGGGCUUGUGUUUCGGCCGCUACAUCCAGACGGAGGUCGGCCUCUCGGCUCUCCUCACUAUACAAACUGGUAUCAUCGACGUGAGGACCAAUAUGGGCUUCUGAAAUAG